GCAGAGGAAGAGGGCGGAGAGAAGGAGGGGGCUGCAGACCGGGAAGAUCCCCUCCCCAGUCAGUCCUUUAGAUCUCCGCAGAGAGGGAUUCGGUUCUCGCCACGUGUUUUGGGAAGGGGGGCUUUUAAACCCUUCCCAAAGUGAAGAGAACAAGGGUGCCUCCAGAGUCAGAGGCAACCCAAGGGGAAGGAGAUGGAAGAGAAGGAUUCAGAGUGCCCUGGAACUGGCAAGGCAUCAAGGAAAGGUCCCCAUCCUAUCCAAGCAGGGAGUGGUGCUGAAUAUUGGGGAAGAGCUGUGCCAGAGAUCUUGGUUCAGGACACUGUGACUGCAGAUGUUCGCAGCCGAUGCUUCCGGCAGUUCUGUUAUCAGGAGGCAGAUGGUCCCCGUGAGGUUUGCAGCCAGCUUCAUGCACUUUGUAAGGACUGGCUGGAGCCAGAGAGGCACACCAAGAAGGAGAUGGUGGACCUGGUGAUCCUGGAGCAGUUUCUGGCCAUCCUGCCCCAGGAAGUGCAGGGCUGGGUGAGAGGAUGCGGGCCAGAGACCAGUUCCCAGGCAGUGGCCCUGGCCGAAGGUUUCCUCCUGAGUCAGGCAGAGGAGAAGAAGCAGGCAGAGCAGAUGUGGGGAGGAUCUGUGAAGGUGGAAGCAAAGUUCUCUGAAGCAGAAGGAGCUCCAUCAGAGAAAGGUUAGAGGGCGCAGGCCCAGGAACAUGCCCGAGAGGCCCUGUCAAGUGAUCUCCAGAAUAUUUUUAUUAUCGGGCAUUCCCACCAGCAGUGGAUAAACGUACCCAGUUGCCCGCAGCCCUUCCAGCAGUCCGGGUCAGCCUUCGCCCUGCCCUUGAAGAGUUUAUAAGGAGUCACAUACCAUCUCGCAAAGAUUUUAUAAUUUUGCAAUCGGAAAUAGAGCGAUUUGGAUUUAAAUAAAGAAGAUAUCCAAAGCUUA